GGGAGCUCACCACAAUCAUCAAGACCAGGAGAAACAGCCAAACUUCAUCCCUCAAACCUUCCUAAGAUGAAGACAUUCAGUGUUGCCGUUGCAGUGGCCGUGCUGCUCACAUUUAUCUGUCUUCAUCAGAGCUCUGCUGUCCCACUCACUGAAGAGCAGGAGCUGGAGGAGCCAAUGAGCAUUGAAUAUCCAGCAGCAGCACAUGAGGAGGCAUCAGUGGACUCAUGGAAGACCAUGUAUAACAGCAGACAGAAGCGCGGCAUCAAGUGUCGCUUUUGCUGUGGCUGCUGCAACCCCGGUGUGUGUGGAGUUUGCUGCAGAUUCUGAGGAUUCCUGCUCCAACAACCACUAAAUAUUAACUUGUGAAGUUUUAAAGUAGUCAGUUUGAAUUAUGUUCAUAGGAUGCAAAAUUUUAACGAUUUUACAAGAUUUUGGUGAUGCUGUAUUGUCUGUGUAAUCUGUGAUUUGACUCUUUCAAUAUAUUUCAUCAAAUGUCAGAGUUCAUUCAUUAAGUCUAUGAAAAAAUAAAACUGAACGUGUAAAA